AUGGCCCCCGCCACAAAGACCCCCAAGGCGCCCCCGCCCGUCUACGUCCUCGGCGUCGGCAUGACCAAGUUCCUCAAGCCCGGCUCCGGCGUCGACUACCCGGAAAUGGGUCUCGAGGCCGGCGUCAAGGCCCUGCUCGAUGCCCACAUCACCUACGACGACGUCGAGUCCGCCGUCGCCUGCUACUGCUACGGCGACUCCACCUGCGGCCAGCGCGUCGUCUACCAGCUCGGCAUGACCCAGAUCCCCGUCUACAACGACUGCGUCUUCGUCGUCGGCUUCGAAAAGAUGAUGAGCGGCAGCCUCAAGGGCUUCUGGGACGACAGGGCUAGCCCCCUCGGUCCCACCGUCGCCAUGAUGGCCGAGACGAGGGGCGUCACCAAGGCUCCCGGCGCCGCGCAAAUGUUUGGCAACGCUGGUAGGGAAUAUAUGGAAAAGUACGGUGCCAAGGUCGAGGACUUUGCUGAAAUCGCCCGCAUCAACCACGCCCACUCCCCGCAAAACCCCUACUCCCAAUUCCAAGACGUCUACUCCCUCGAGCAGGUCCUCGCCUCCCCCAAGAUCCACGAGCCCCUCACCAAGCUCCAGUGCUGCCCCACCUCGGACGGCGCCGCCGCCGCCGUGCUCGUGUCCCAGGCCUUCCUCGACGCCCGCCCUCACCUGCGCGACCGCGCCAUCCUCGUCGCCGGCCAGGCCCUCACCACCGACGCCCCCAGCAUGUACAACCGCAGCGCCAUCGACCUCAUGGGCUACGACAUGACCAAGCGCGCCGCCAACAUCGCCUUGUCCCAGGCCGGCAUCAGCCCCGCCGACGUCCAGGUCGUCGAGUUGCACGACUGCUUCUCCGCCAACGAAAUGGUCGUCAUCGAAGCUCUCGGCCUCAGCUCCGUCGGCAAGGCCCACGAGCUCGUGCGCGCCGGCGACAUUACCUACGGCGGCAAGUACGUCGUCAACCCCUCCGGCGGCCUCAUCUCCAAGGGUCACCCUCUCGGCGCCACCGGCAUCGCCCAGUGCGCCGAGCUCGUGUGGCACCUCCGCGGCUGGGCCAACAACCGUGCCGUCGGCGGCUCUGGUUCCAAGUACGCCUCUAAGCCCGGUACCAAGUGGGCCCUUCAGCACAACCUCGGCCUCGGCGGUGCCGCCGUUGUCACCGUCUACGGAAGGGCAGACGGCAAGGAGGCCGCCGUCCUGAGCGACGCCGACAUCGCAAAGGUUAGCGGUGUCGGCUAUAACCCGGCUGUGGAAGCCCGGGGCGUGACCGAGGCGGACCUGGCCAAGGUCGCGAGUAAAGAGGGCUCGUGUGCAUGGGCCAGGCAAGCAGCUGUCAAGGCCAGGUUUUAG